AUGUGGAGAGGAGUCUUUGUUGUAAGAGGUUUUACGAAUUGGAAGAAGGCCAUCGAGAAGUUUGAUGCACAUGCGAAGUCAAACAGUCAUCGCUUAUCGCUAGAGAACAUCAAUUUUCACAAGACGCAGCAAUCUGUUAGCGCUCAGAUCAGCAGUGGUGUGCUCGCCGAUCAAGGUCAAGCUCGAGUGGCGCUAGUGAAGCUGAUCUCCACGUUGAUGUUUGUGGCAGAACAAGGACUUCCACUCCGUGGUAAAGAAUCAUCGGAAGGCAACUACAAGAAACUACUUGAACUUCGUGCAGAAGACGUUGCAACAUUAAAGAGCUGGCUAGCCCGGAAGCAAAACUUCACGAGCGGGGAAAUACAGAAUGAACUGCUGCAGAUAAUGAGCCAUACA